AUGGNUGGACUAGGAGGAAUACCGCAAGGGUCUUAUCCAAUCUUUGAUGGAAAAGGUUUUGAUGAAUGGCAUAUCAAGAUGAANGCCAUUUUUGGCUUCCANGAUAUUGCGGAUGUGGUGUUNGAAGGAUUGCCUGAGUUAAGCACCAAGGCCUCUGAUGAAGAGAAGAAAAACUUCAAGACUCAGCAAAAACUGGAUAAUAAGGCUCGGUUUAUCUUCUAUCAGUGUGUUGGACCGAGAGUGUUUCACAGAAUUUCAAAGGCUAAAACAACAAAGGAGAUAUGGGAAAUCUUGCUGAAAACGUAUGGAGAUGGAAACAAAAUCAAGAAAGUAAAGAUGCAGGCGUUAAGGCGACAAUUUGAAAGUCUAGUUAUGGAGGAGAGUGAUACCGUUGUUGAUUAUUUCGAUAAGGUGCAAGAACAUGUGAGUGUUAUGCGGGCGUGCAGGGAUACAGUUACGGAUCAGUAUAUCGUUGAGAAGAUCCUAAGAAGUUUGCCACUGAGGUUCGAUCAUAUUGUAAUAACAAUAGAAGAGACGCGUGACUUGGAGACCAUGGAGGUAGAAGAGCUCCAACAUUCGUUGGAGGCUCAUGAACACAGAUGGAAGGAACGNAGGCAUUGUCAAGAACAAAUCUUGCAAGUCAGAUCCCAGAUUCAUGGAAAGGGAAAAGGGUCCAAGAAGUUUGGCAAAAAGAAGCAGAAGGAGGGUCAAGAACAACAAGAGAAGGACUCCAAUGACUCUGCAAAAAAAAAUAAAAAUAAAACAAGUCAGAUCAAGAAAAAGGCUGGAAGUUUGACAAGAAGAAGGUUAAAUGUUUUAAUUGCCAAAAACUUGGACAUUUUGCAAAGGAUUGCUGGAAGGGUGAAGGUGAGAAGAAUAAACCCAAGAACCAAGCCAAUCUUGCACAAGACAACACAUCUGACUCAGAAGCAGUGA